GUGUAGACAGGCAGCCCGAUGUGUAGUUGUUAGUCCUCCUCCCCAGUGACAAGGAUCGCACACAGCAGCAGUAGAGGGACAUCGCUGCCAGGUAGAUCGCGCAUGCUGCUCCUCCAGCUACACACUCUAAGGGACUUUUCCAUCAGGACAUUGAAUUUUCUUGCAGCCCUGGACCUUAAUGAACAAAUACAGCAAAUCAUCAGAGAUUACCCACAAAAGCACUAAAGAAUCAACGUGGUCUCGCCAUGAGCUGUUUGGAUGUAAUGUACCAAGUGUAUGGUCCUCCUCAGCCUUACUUUACAACAGCUUAUAGUCCUUACCACCAGAAACUAGCCUUUUACUCCAAGAUGCAGGAAGCCCCAGAGAGUGGCAGCAACAGCAAUGGUAGCAGUGGCAGCUCCUUCUCCAGCAAUACCCCAGCCAAUAUUAAAGAAGAGGACUGCAGCCCGGAAAAGGAGAGCCCUCCAGAAGCUGAAUACAUUAGCUCCAGAUGUGUCCUGUUCACCUAUUUCCAGGGAGAUAUCAGCUCAGUGGUGGAUGAGCACUUCAGCAGAGCUCUCAGCCAGCCCAGCAGUUAUUCCCCAAGCAGUGCUGCUGCCAAGACUGCCAGGGGUGCCAGCUCAUGGAGGGAAACGACUUUUCCUAUGAGUCAAAGAAGUUUUCCUCCAUCCUUUUGGAACAGCAGUUACCAUCCAAAUGCAGUUGCUGCACCUUCAUCGUUGGGAAGCAGCUUAGGCAGUCCUCUUACUGGUCCUCACAGUGAAAUUCCUUUUGGAGCAGAUCCUUAUUCCCCUGCUUCUCUUCAUAGUCACCUACACCAGGGUCCACCUGAGCCCUGGCACCAUGCCCACCACCAUCACCACCAUCAUCACCCAUACUCAAUCGGGGGAGCAAUAAACAGUCAGGGUUCAAGUUAUCCCCGGCCUGGCAUGCAUGAAGUUUAUAGUACGCACUUCGAUCCCCGGUACAGCUCUUUACUUGUUCCUACAUCAGUCCGACCCCACAGGAUCACUCCUGCAGGUUCAGCAACUCCUGCAACACAGUGUGAUUUAGGCAAGGGAGAAGCAGCAACCUCUGCAUGGACAACUCCUGGACCUUAUCCAGGACCAGCAGGAGACAUGGGACAAAGCCUUAGCCUAAAUGUCGAUGCAGCUCGACGCUACACCUUCUGCGGAGGACCUCUCCUGAGCUGAUCUUCCUAAAGACUCUGAACCAAACCUUUUACACCAAGGCCCAGAAACACAUGUGCCCCAGCACUGAGACUGCAACAAGAGGAUGGGAACAGGACUCCACUCUACAGGCCAAGUGAGAGGAGACAUGCUUAUUUCCUCCUUGCUCAGAGACUCAUAUUUUUAUUUAAGAUGUGUUCAACAAAAUAAUUGAUGCCACCAAAAAAUAUAAAUAGAUAUAAUUAUAUAUUAAUAUAAAUCCAGUUGUUUUCUUAUGAGGAAGAAAAAGACUAUUUUUGUUGUGAAUAUUUUUUAUGCCUAUGUCAAAAUGUACUUUCCAAACCAAGCUGCCUGUGAACAAAGAUCCAGUGUAUUUGUAGUAUUCCCUUUCUGACUGCACAGACAAAGCACACCCAACAUACAUACAGACAAUGGUAACAAAAGGAAACAAAUAAUCUUUGGUGGACUAAAAGCCCAUGUGUGGACAUACAAUCCAGUCUGCUGUGAGUGGCAAGAAUUUUCCAGAGCCACCUGCCCAAAGCUUAUAGAAAUGCAGCUGUUAAAUGGACAACUGUUCGAACUCCAGAAAUAUGACAAGCAAGGUGGCACUUCUCAGGGUUUAGCCCAACAAUUGCAUCUGAUUUUUUUUUUUACAAGGAGAAUUUUAUGAUGAAAGAAGAAACGCUUUAGAACACUGACAGCCUCUACAUGGAUGGAACAACUGCAGCAGGUGAAAGGAGAUACUUUGCAGAAACACAUUUCAGAGUGGACAAUUGAUCUCCUCAGUGUGUGUAUAUGUUGCUGUCAUCCUGUCACUUUAAUUUGUUUGAGAUACUGUGAGAGAUGUAUUUAAUUGUAGGAAUUCUGCAUUAAAAUAUUUUCAUGUCUUUAGAUGCAGUGA